AAAAGUUUAAGCUGAGAUAAAGCUCUGCGAACGGGGAAGACUAAUCCAGCAUAACUUGAAAUAGUAGCACACAUAUUUUAUUUCGAAGGCUGCUAAAUAUUUUUUUGUCAUUUUUACAAAGUUUUACGGAUUAUUUGACCUUAGUGAAGAGUGUAAUUAUUGUACUUCAGUGUUCGCUCCAUCGUACCACGGAUGGCCAUCGGCUGGCAGUCAUAUGUCGGCGAGACAUUUUCGCAAGGCUUGUACACUACAUGCGCAAUUCAAUUCGAAAAGGACAACUUCCUACAGAGUGUGAAUGAGAUAGUAGCACGCUUACAGGGCUACCUCCGAAUAUAGGCGAUACAGGCGUACGGUCUCCGGUAUUCCUACAUCUCAGUGUUAUUAACUAAAUCGGAAAAAACCGCCAUUUAAACUAAACGUAAUCAUUCUGUUGCCAUGCGAGCUCAGAAAUCUUUAAAUCAAAAAUGCUAAUUGUACAAGAAUUCUGAUGAGAAUCACGAUGUUGAUUGCAGGCAGACAUGCUUAUAAUAGUUAACCAUAAUGUGCAGUGUCAAAUUGGCGGGAAUCUGGGUUUCAAAAACAUGUCAUGUAUGCGACGUAAUAUGUGACACAGUAUCCAAUGUUACUUUACUACUACUGAUUACUAACAGUGUGGAACAUUCAUUAAAUUUUGUGACUAUUGUAAAAUUACAUAAAUUGUGAAUGCAAUUAUAAAUUGAAGAAAUAUAAGAAGUGUACUGGUAUAAUUUGACUUGCGUUAGAAACAUUCGCAGCUUUCAAAGUUAUCACAGAUAGGUAUUACUUUUAUCAUUCAAUGUACACCAAAUUACUAUUGUUAAAAUACUAAACCGUAUGCUAAUUUCUCUGAAAGUGAGUACUUCUGAUAGUUAACAUUAAUUAAAAAUCAUGAUUAUAAAAUUACAAAGUAUUAUAAGCUGUUCAUCUGAACAUCCAUCUUAUCCAGCCAAGAAUCUGCUUGAAUAUCAAGCGAAUAAAUCCUGGAGAUGUGCUAAACCUGGUGAAAUGAUGUCUUAUGUAAUUUUUCAACUUUGUGAACCAUCCUGUUUAACUGGUUUGGACAUUGGUAACUAUCGGUCAUGUAUAGUUAUUGUUGAGGCUUCUACGUCUGCUGAACCAGAUAACUGGAUCCCAAUUGUGAACCACCAGUUUAUGACUCAUGACGACGCAGCAAAUAGUAGAUUUAAGGACCAAGUUCAGCUGUUUACUAAAAAGGAGUUAAAUCCAGAGACUCUCAAAUUAAAAUUUGAUCGGAUUAAAGUAACAUGUAUGCAGGCUGCAAAUCUGCGAGAACUGUUUGGCUUGUCUUUUGUGAUUUUUAGAACAGAAGUUACAGUUGAUCUUGAUGUAAAUGUCUUUGGAAGAUUUAAGCUAAAAGACACAAAAGAUAACAGUAAAUUAACAUUGAAUGCAUUUAGAGAAAAAUAUAUGAAGCUGCAUAGUAGUAAACAAAGUAACUAUAAACAAGAAUUAGAAGAAACAAUCAAAGGAAAUGCUAUGAAUAAUUUUAUUAAACGUCAGGACAAACCACGUGAGUCUAUGAAAAGACCAUUAUUGGCAAAAGAAGAAGAUGGAAACAAUGAUGAAGUAUUUAGAAAAGAUAGAAAUUUUCAACAGUCAAACGACAAAAUGGAAGGGAACCAAUCAAAGUUAUUCACUCCUGAACAAAGAGCAAGCAGUUCUUAUUCCAGAAAACGUUCAUUAAGUCCUGUUCCAACGACUUCAAAUGAAUCAGUAUCAACUAAAAAAAUGCAUUGUUCAACCGAUUCGAGCGAUGCUUUAGAUAAAAUAUGCAAAACUUGUGAUGGUUUAAUAUCAGAGAAAUUGGUUAAAGGGAUUGUGAAGGAACACACAUUACAGGAGGCAGAAAACAAAACAGUGCGAAAGACCUUGGAAGAAGCUCAAGCAAUAAACCAAGAAAAUAAGAAACCAAUGCAAGUAAAUCCUCACAAAGCAAACGCAAUUGUGGAACAGGCAAAUUCAUCAAACCAAGUAAAGAAGAAACCCAAAACGCCUUUGAAACAAAAAUUAGACUUUUCAAAGCUCAUGGAAGGUGUGAAGUUUUCUUUAAGCGGAUAUGUUAAUCCACAACGAGAUGAGAUCAGAAAAAAAGCCUUGAAGAUGGGUGCAACAUAUAUUGCUGAACCCAAUUUGACAAAUAAAAAAUGUACACAUCUUAUUUGUGCUUUUAAAAACACACCAAAAUAUCGUCAAUUUAGGAAACACACAAAGAUUGUUAAGGUCACAUGGAUUGAAGAUUGCUUUGAUAAGCGAACUAGAUUUCCCUGGAGAAGAUAUGCACUUGAUGAGGAAGAGGCGAAAAAGCCCGAGAGCGAAGAAGAAAUUGAAGGAAAUAUGUCACCUGUUCGAUUUGGACAGAAUCGUAAUCAAAAUUCAGAUUCGGAAUCCGAUUAUUAAUCGAUUGUAUAUUGCAUACUAUAUUAAUUUCAAUUUUAUAAUAAAUUAUAAUAAUUUGUUACAACGAUGUA